AAACACUCUUAGAGAUACAGCUUAGAGCCGAGGAAUAUCUAACUUUUGUGAACAGUGAUAUUCUGAUUGAUUUUUUUGCCUAGGUAAAGAAUUAUCUCAGAGGGAAAGAAUAAAGCUAAUCAAGACUCUUGCAAAGGGUAAUACAGUAAUACACAUGACAUAAGAACUUUGUGUCAGUGUUUAUGUCAAUUGCAAAUAAUAACUUAUACAAAUAAAAUGUUCAGUUAACUUGCAAAUGAACUGAUUUUUUGUUCUGCCAUGGGUUUUCUUUGAAAUUCCAUGACUGAAUGAACUUACACAAAAUAAUUGGUUCACCAGACAUUCAAUAGGUAGCGCAUAAAUCUUUGGAAACUUUGGACCAAUCAAAAAAGUUUUUACAUUUUGAGUUCGGUGUUACUUCAUUCAUUCGCCGAGAAGCAGACAAGUCGGGGAAAGUUGUGUUUCUCACUUAUCAAUGUUUUAGACAUAAAUCUGCGAUAUUCAAGACAAAAUCGAACUUUAGAUGGUCAAAAAUAACGCAGAGGGAGUUUACAAGCAACACUGAAGACACGGCAUAGCUGAGGAUUUCUAAUUUCUGUCAGCAAUUGACAAUGCUGAGAUUUGCAUGUUUGGUGUUUUUAUUUCACCUGUCAAGUACAAGUGCUUACAGGUGCGAGGAACCUCUUCCUUUAGAAAAAAGAGAAGAAAUAGCCAAUGUGGUGUUUACUGGGACAGUACGGGAUAUCAUGCCCGACAAGAUCCACCCAAACAUGUACAAAGGCGAAGUUGAGAUAAAGCGUGUCAUGAAAGGUUUCAAUGUAAUCCGACAAGUUCCAGCGCAAAUUCAUCAUAACCACCGCAUGGUUAUGGUUGAUGGAUUUGGAGACCCAACUAUUUGUAAAAAUAUGCCACGUAAAUAUGACACAAAAAUAUUCUUAGUUCAAAAGGGCCAAAAUGGAGAAUUGAAACUGAAUUCGAGUUUGGUCCCAAUUACGUUGACAAACAUUGAGAGGACCGAGGCAGCAGUUAUGAAUAUGCCAUUCAAGCCUAAAACUCGGCCCCCAGCUGCUCCUUGUGAAAUGAAGUUUUGCGCAUUUGGCGCAGUUUGUCUAGUCAAAGAGGGUACGAAGGAGGCUUACUGCUCAUGCUCAGAAACAUGUAACAAUGUCUUUGCACCCGUGUGCGGGAACGAUGAGGUGACAUACCAAUCUCUCUGCCAUUUACGUCAAGCUAGCUGCACUCAACAACGCAAGAUCAAAGUCAGAUCACAAGGCACAUGUGAAACUCGAGAUCCUUGUGAGGACAAGGAAUGCCACUUUGGAGCGAGGUGUGUGUCCUCGUUAGACAGUUCACAAGCGCGAUGUGAGUGCCAACAGGAGUGUCACACGUAUGGAGACUCUGUGGAUAGUACGCCUGUCUGUGGGACUGAUGGUGUCGACUACCCCAAUAUGUGUGAAUUACGCAAAGCUGCUUGUAACCAAUUUAAGGAAUUAAGAGUACAUUAUUACGGCAAAUGUGAUCCAUGUAAAGACCAUAAAUGUGACAAUAACCAAGUAUGUCAACUUGAUGAGUCACGACGUCCUGUGUGUCGCUGCAGUGGUGCCUGCACUCAAGAAUACAGGCCAGUCUGUGGUAGUGAUGCCAACAGUUACAGUAACGAAUGUAUGAUGCACAUGGCAUCCUGUAAAGCACGGGUUGAGAUUCGUGUACUUUACAGGGGAAUAUGCAGAGAAGGCAAAAAUGCAUGUCAAGGAAUGACAUGUGACCCAAUGGAGGAAUGUCAUGUCAACCGCAAUGGGAAAGCAGAAUGUCGAUGUCCCCCAGAAUGUGAGGCUAUCAUGCGGCCAGUAUGUGGCUCAGAUCUCAAUACUUACGACAGUGAAUGCGAUCUAAAGCGUCAGUCUUGCAUCACUAAGCGUCCAAUCAGACUUAAGUUUAUCGGCCCCUGUGGAGAUGAAGGGCCAUGCAGACAUCACACAUGUAACCAUAAUGCUAUCUGUGUUGUAAGCAAGGGAAAGGCCACCUGUCAAUGUCCAUCGUGCCCCAGAGACUUUAGACCAGUGUGUGGCAGUGAUGGAGUGACUUAUGCCAAUGAAUGCAGAUUGAAGUCUGCAGUGUGCGAGAACAAGAAGAAAAUAACAGUGCGACACAGAGGAAGAUGCAAUGAAUGUAAAGAUGUGAAGUGUGACUAUUAUGGUAUAUGUGAAACCAACAGUAAAGGACACACUUGUGUCUGUCCACAAAGUUGUGUCAGUGUUGAUGCAGCGGUGUGUGGAACAGAUGGUAAGACAUACCUGAAUGAGUGUGAACUGAAGGUGGCCUCUUGCAAGAUGAAACAGCUCAUCAAAGUCAGCUCUAAGGGCUCAUGUGAUAUGUGUGCCAAUGUCAAAUGUCGCUUUGGCUCUGAAUGUGAGAAAGGAAAGUGUGUUUGCCCACAAGGCUGUCCCACAGACUACACACCUGUAUGUGGUACUGACGGACAGACCUACAACAACGAAUGUGAAAUGACGAGGUCUGCUUGUGAGAGCAACUUUGAGAUCACGAUCGAACAUGAGGGCGAGUGCAAUGAAGUCUCAGGCUCAGGUUCAGGAGCUGGUAUGUGUGACGAGACAACGUGUCAGUUUGGUGGAGAGUGUGACAUGGAUGCAGAGGACAUUGUGUCAGUCUGUGUCUGUAACUUCAACUGUGAGGCCCUCAGGCAACCUGUGUGUGGAAGUGAUGGCCAUAAAUAUGGAAAUGAAUGUCAGAUGAGAGAGGAAUCGUGUCGUCAGCAGAAGCGCAUCACUCAAGUUGAUGAUGAUGAUUGUGACGACAUAUUUGAUGAGUUCUGCGAUGGCAAUGACGCAGUGGUGGAUGAGACAACAGGAGAACUGUUCGACUGCAGUACAUCAUCAAAAUGCCCAGAUGGAAGUUUCUGUCAUAAAAUCAAAAUUAACUCAGAAGUAGUUGGCCGAUGCUGCUUUGCAGACACUCCUAUUGUAAGUUGUAAGGAUACAGAAUUUGGCUGUUGUCCAGAUGGAAGAACUUCGGCCCCUGGAGCUAGUGGUGCAGGUUGCCCCAGUGUCUGUCAGUGUAAUUUGCUAGGAUCAUACGGUGGAACAUGUGAUCCACGUACACGGCAGUGUGUUUGUAAACCAGGAGUAGGGGGAUUGAGGUGUGACCGCUGUGAGCCUGGGUUCUGGGGAUUGCCAGACAUUGCAAAUGGCAAAAGUGGAUGUACACCCUGUGGAUGCAACAUCUUUGGCUCACAAAGGGAUGACUGCGAACAGAUGGAUGGCAAGUGUAUGUGCAAGAAAGGAAUAUCAGGACCCAAAUGUAACGUCUGCCCAGAAGGAAAGGUCCUUGGUCCCCAAGGAUGCAUGGAUCAUAAUGGUAAAAUGCCCGCCAGCUCAUGUAGAGACAUCAGGUGUGAACAUGGUGCGUCAUGUCAAGUGAUGAAUGGAGUAGCAGAGUGUGUUUGUCUCCCAACAUGCCCUGCAACGAAUGCUCCCCCAACGAUGGUCUGUGGCACAGAUGGACAGACCUAUGGGUCAGAAUGCCAGCUUAGAUUGUUCGCAUGUAGGCUACAGAAAAAUAUACAAUUAGCUGGGAAAGGAGCAUGUGGAAUGAAUGGCCCCAUGCUACCGACUGCCGCCCCCGACAACCGCAGAACUCGUAAAGUUACCCGGCAUGUUGCAACCACACCUGAUACGCCAAAGACGAAGCAUAUAGCCCUUGAAGAUGAAUGUUUAUUCGACUCUGAUUGCAUGGCAAAAAACAGCAGAUGUCUUUAUAAUCGCUGUAAAUGCAAACCUGGAUUUUUCCAGACAGAUAAUGGAAAAAUGUGUUCUCCUGAGAUGAUUGAAGUAGAUGAUAAUAAUGCUGAGAUAGACAUUGACCUAGAUGCUGGAAAUCUUUUGGACAAUGAUGAUCUGUAUGAGGUUCAACCAGAAACCUCUCCUGAACCAGAACCCACACCUAAAUCUGAAUUAGACAUGGAAAAAAUAAAUUUUAAUAAGUUCAAAGAUUUGAAGACUUUAUAUGAGGAUCCAUGCGCAAGCUCACCAUGUAAAAAAGGAGGCACCUGUAUACCAGAUGAUAAACUUUUAUCAGGGUUCAAGUGCAAGUGUACUAAAGGCAGACGGGGAGAUCUAUGUCAGAAACUCGCAUUUGGUGAUGGGAACUCCGCUUCAUCAACUUCAUCCCAUAUCAUCACUGACACUGACAACCCUCCACUCGAUAACGACUUCCCGGAAGACCUUGAUGAUGUCACAGUGGACAACGAUAAAAAUGACGUCAUCAAAAGUGAGCAAAGAGAUGCGCCAUUUGGAGGAAUGCUGGGAAAAGAACUAGAUGAAAUAUCAUUACCUGAAUCUGAACCAAAAGCUCCAGAAAAUCUGGAAUUGGAGCCAAAAACUCCCGAAUCAGAGCCCGAAACUCCAUCUCCUGAACCAGAGUCUCAAACAACUCCCGAACCAAAGUCUGAAAAUCUCCCAGAUAUUAUAAUUAUCUCACCAGAUGAUGAUCUGAACUUUAACAAUGAUACUGAGAUAACUGCUGUAGUCGUAGAAGUGGUAGAUGUUUGUAGUUGUAACCCCUGCAUGUACGGUGGCACCUGUCAACCUGACCCUGAUGUGGAGGCUGGCUUCUUAUGUCUCUGUCCUUCGGGAAAGGGAGGCACAGUUUGUGAGGAUGAGGUUGAGAUGGUUACUAUGGCCCCACUCCCCACAACAAACUCUCCUUCUGUAUCAACUGCACCUACAACCUCAAUGGAAAUCCCUGAUAAUUCAACCUUAGAUGUGAAGUUCUCAGUACCAUCAUUUGCUGGCCAUUCAUACUUGGAGUUUAAUAAACUUGAGAAAUCUGUAAAAGAGGUCAAAAUCACCUUAGAGUUCCGCACCCUCAACAUGGAUGCCCUGCUGCUUUACAAUGGACAGAACGCUGAUGGAAAGGGAGAUUUUAUAUCUAUCUCAGUGAAAGAUGGAUUUGUUGAAUUUCGGUAUGACCUUGGUAGCGGACCAAUUACACUGAAGAGCAUAUACAGAGUAACCCUCAAUAGAUGGCAUCGUGUUGUUGCCAAACGAUUUGGUCGCGAUGGAAUGUUGAAACUUGACAAUAACCAGGAAAUCAAGGCUAGAGCACCAGGGCAAUUGAAAUCUUUGAAUCUGAAUGAGGCCUUGUAUGUAGGAUAUGUGCCUGAUAUGAAUGCAGAGAUUGAAAAGAAUGUUGGUGUGUCGAUGGGUCUCGUUGGGUGUGUCCAGUCACUCCAUGUAUCCAGUAAUGAUUUCACCAAGAUCUACUCUCUUAUGUGGCCAGCCUCUAGAGAUAUCAUCACUGGAUCUGAAAUAAGUGAGUGUGGUGGGGACAAUCCCUGUGCCAGCAUGCCCUGCAUGAACAUGGGCUCCUGCAUGAGACUCGAUAAACGCAACUUCAAGUGCGUCUGCCCCAAAGGCUUUGAAGGUUCUGUGUGUGAGAGAGGAGAAGACAAGUGCCAAUCAAUGCCAUGUCAUCACGGUGCUACAUGUCGCAGUGUACCAAAUGGAGACUUCAUGUGUGAAUGUCCUAAGGGCUGGAAGGGAACAUUCUGUGAAACUGAGACAAAAGGCGGAUUAGAGGAGGUCAUGGUCCCAGAAUUUAAUGGUCGCUCCUACUUGGUCCAACCACUUAAAGGAAAAUUUGCCAGACACAUAGACCUGGAAGUAUGGUUCUUGGCCAAAACGUCAAAUGGAAUGUUGCUAUAUGUUGGACAGCAACCAGAUGGAAAAGGUGACUUCCUCUCUCUAAAUUUGGUCAAUGGACACCUACAGUUCCGGUUUGACCUUGGGAGUGGACAUGCAAACAUCACGAGCUCUAGUCGUAUCCCACUAAAUGUGUGGCAUCGUGUACAACUGGACCGAAACAACAGGAAGGGGAGUAUUUCUAUCGAUGGAGGUCCAAAAGCAGUUGGAUCUGCUGGGGGCAAUCUGAAAGACUUGAACUUGGGACCUGACCUAUACAUUGGAGGCUUUAAGAGCAAGAAUCAACUCAGUCCAGACUCAGGGGUGACAACAGGAUUCAACGGGGCCAUACAGAGGGUGUAUGUGAAUGGACGUCAGAUUGAUGACCUUGUGAAGGGGGCUAUAGAGAAGGAGUUGAUCACUCCCUAUGUGGGUCCCCCUUGUAUGGCCUCUCCCUGUCUCAAUGGAGGCGUAUGUGUCCCUAUAAUGAAUGAAGCCAAAUGUAAAUGCCCAAUGAAAUUCACAGGGGACAGAUGUGAGAAAUCCACUGACUCUGUUGACACUGACCAACCUGUAGCAUUUGAUGGAAAGACCCAGCUUAUGUACCCAAAUAUGGUGACAGAGAGAGCACGAAGUCAGAAGGAAAAUAAAUUCGAAGUGGUAUUUAAGACUGAGAAGGACAAUGGGCUGAUCCUGAUGCAGAACAAGGGUGACAAUGUGAGGGGAGACUAUGUAGCUAUAGCCCUAGCAAGUGGUAAAGUUCAAGUCAGCUACAACCUUGGCAAGAACUCUGAGAAAGAUCUACAUGUUAUCAAGAACCCAACUAAAGUGAAUGAUGAAAAAUGGCACACAUUGACCUUCACAAGGGAAAAGCGUAAGGGCAUCCUGGUGAUUGAUGGUGGCACACCUGUGGAAGAUGAAUCCCCCAAGGGUUCAACAUCUCUUGAUUCAGAUGGAGACCUCUGGAUUGGAGGUAAUCCCAACCUCCCCGAGGGUCUACCCAGAGCAUACACACGAGGCUUCAAAGGCUGCAUCAAAGAGGUUCAAAUUGACGGUGUUCAAUUACACCUUGUUGACCACAGGGAAAAUCAUACCUCAUUGAAAUUCUGUGAGGCAAAGGACUCCAAGAGACGGAGAAACACAGUAAACUCGAGGAGAAGAAGACCAGGAUUACGAAGGCAUAAGCUGUAUUAGACACACACAAGUGAUAGUAUAAUGAAUGAUCUGAUAGCCUCGACAGCUUAUUGGAAGGGUCAGGGUGUAGAGUUAGUCAAGGCAUACAAUGUAUAUCACCCUGCCCUGUAUGACAGUGUUGCAGUAUAGCUACUGUCUGUACAAUACAGAGAUAUUUAAGUACAGAUGGACUAUACAGAUGUCUUAUCUGUUCUCUGCAUUCAUGUGCUGUACACUACAAAUAUGUAGUUAUAAACUAUGUGCAUAUGUAUCCGAGUCAGAUGAAGAGACUCCCAAAAUGUGGAUGACUUGAAGUCUUUUAUUUAACACAUUCUUUAUAUGUUAUAGAUACUUUACAAAUUGCCAUUCUCAUACUUUAAUACCUACUAAUAUACCUAAUAAGACCUACAUAUGCAUUCGAGAAACUUUGCAUUGUUGAAAUACAGUGUACCAUUUGUGCAAAAUGUGGGCAUUUAACAGGCAUAUUGAGCAGUAAACUUGCACCUGAUAAGCAUAAAAACUACAUAAUAGAUAGAUUUUCUUCAGAAUUUUCAACUAUUAUUUUUAUUGAAAUUUAACAAUUGAAGUUUACAGAGCAAAUUGAAAAAGUGUUUCUAUAAGACUUGUAUGAAGCAAUAUCAAAUUUGAUAAAAAAAAUCCUGUGCAAACAUGUUCUUUUUGUGAUUUUUAUGAACUAUCUAGGAUAGGGAGAAACAGAAUGCAGUGUAGUAAAUUAAUUAUGUGUAGUUCAAGUAUCAUUGUUAGCUAACCCUAUAAGUGGAACAGAGUUAAUGAAGUCCAUUUACUUGUUAUUGUUUCUUUUUGUAUUGUAUACAUUCCAGCAAGUUUAUACAAUUCAGUGUUAGAUGUCAUAGUGUAGAAUUGUUUCUGGCAAUACACUGUACAUGUUCAUCGCAGACAGUUGUGAUUUAUAUUGGUACCAUGCCCGACAUACCAGGCUUUUAGUGAAUAAAUAAACCAAUUAAGUUAUUAAUUAGUACUUGAACGUAUCUAAAUACGUUUUUGUGCUCAUCAAUUUUUUUUGUUUUUGUGAUGCUAUGAAGACACAAUUCUUUCAUAAUAUUAGUACUGAUAACUUUUUAAUAUGUAAUAUAAAUGUAUUGUUAGUACAUUGUUAGAGACAGAAGCUUUAUGUACAUACUUAGAUAUAUACUUGUAACUGUGGUCUGCGUGCUCAGUUUACACUUCAAGGCCCACUUGACCUUGACCCUUAUUGUACUUAUUUGACCUUGACCCUUAAUUAAGUUAUUUAGUGCACCUACUUUUCCAUGGCAGAAUCUAGGUGUAUUAGGGUUUCAGUCGAAUCAUGAAUUGUCACAAUUUUAUUAUUUACAAUGAAUUUAUGUUUGAAAUACUACUUACAAUUGAGAAACAAUGAAUUUUUUAGUAUUUAUUACACUUACAUAAUUUUAGCAGAAAUACUCAUAUUUUACAUAUUGACAAUAACAAUAACUAUAAACAAUACCAGUGUAAUAACGAAAAGUUUAAAGGCCUAGUUAGUGUUAAUUACAGUGGAUGUUUUUAUAAUGUUUAUGUUUGCAUCUUUGCACCUCGAGAAAUGUUAAGAAGCAGCUUGUUAGAACUGGGAGACUUAUUUGAUUUAUCACUUAAUCAUAUGAAUUAAGACUUGAAUCAUAGUAUCACUUUAAGAAAUUAAGACUUCAAUUUAAUUUUGAAUUAUAGUACCACUUUAAGGGCAUGAUGUAUUGGAUUCAAUGUUUUCUAAAAGCAUUGAUGAUAGGUUUUGUUAGCAACUUGCUUGUAGUUUGAAACAACGCUUUUUGCCGCUUUCUAGAAUAAGACAGUGUAUGCAUUUAUCUUUUAAUUACACUGCCUCUAUCAUAGAAAAUAUAACAUUAUGGCUUUCUAGUUGACGUGUAGAUAUUAUAAUAUAUGCAUGUAUAGUAUUAUAGUAUUUUAUUUAAACAACCAUGUUGUAUAUUGUAUUAUAAAUGAAUCCACCAAUGGAAAGUUGGUAGGAUUAGUUUUACAACUGAUUUGUGAUGCUCACUUUUCAAUCAUGUAAUGCAUUCAAGUACAAGUGGACUGUAUAUAUGCAAGGUGUGAUCGCAGUAUAUUCUAUAUGAUGCUUAUAAACUGACAAAACAUUAAAAUAUAGUCAUCUCGCACAUAAGGACUAUUUAUAUAGGUCAAGUCCCUGUGGAGCUCCUUUAAGUUUUCUGCCUCUCGUUUCCAGACUUAACUGUUUGAAAAUGUCUCAGAACCGAAAGGGCUUGUAACAUGGUCACAAUAUGAUGUAACUUGGAAAAUGCAUUAAAUGAUUGAAAAUAUGAGUUCUUUGUCUGUUAAACAAGCACU